CCGCAGCCGCUCCCUCCGCCGCGUCGUCGCCGCCGCAGCAGCAGCCUCCGCGGGGAAAAAUAAUGGCUGUUAAUGGUUGUAUCAGUCCGGUUCCUUAUGACAACGAUGAAGAUGAAGAUGGGCCUGCUAUUUUUAAAAGGCCAAGCUCAUCUAAAAAUGGUCAGAUAAACUCUUCUUUGAAGAAGCCCGCUUCUCAGAACCACUAUAAUUCCUCUUUGGGAAGGACUACUUCUAAUAAACAUUCUUCUAAUGGCGAGAAUUCAAACUCGCAAAAGAAUAAGGCGAUUUCUGCUGUGAAAAUAUCUAACCAAAACCCUAGGUCAACAAGCUUAGUUUCUAGAGCUUCGGUACCUGUUAGUAAUGUAAAGAGCACACAUCUACAAAGGCCUCAUUCUGAAGCUGAAAAUACAGAUGAUUCGGAUGAUGAUAAACCAUUAACUUAUAGACUUAAUUCAGCUUCGGCAGCGUCGCAAAAAAGCAAUUCCAUGCUUGUGGAAAGAGCAAUUCUGGACAGUAAAAGUGAAUUUUCAUAUGAUUCUGAUGAUAAUAGACCAUUGAGUUCCAAAUCUUUACCAGCUGUUACAGAGAAAGGUAGCAAGAAAGAGUAUUCUGAUGAUUCAGAAGAUGAUAAACCUCUUCUUUCUAGACUUCCUUUGAAAUCCACUUCAGCUUCUAAGGUUGCACCAAAUGCUUCCAUAAAGAAGGAAAGUAGUAGUGAUCUAGGGUUCACAAAAGGCCUAAACAAGCGCCCACUUGGCGACUCUAAUAGUUCGAUUGGUCCUUCAAUAAAGAAGCCAAAAAUUUUUAAUUCUUCAGCGUCUGUAAAGGUCAAGGAUGAAGGCUCAGUGAAAGAGGAAUUAAAAACAGAGGAUGAUGAUGAUGACAUACCACUUUCUCAAAGGCUGAAAAAUUCUCAAUCUUCCGAAAGAAAACCAUCUUCUAAUAAGAUAAUAAAGAAACCGACCUCAUCUUUCAAAAAAGAUUGGAAGAAAAUGAAGAAAUCAUUUAAAAAUUCUCAAUUCUCGAAGAGGUUAAAGGUCCCACCUGGCUCUGGUGGAGGAAAGAAAUGGACUACUUUGGAGCACAAUGGGGUUAUUUUUCCUCCUCCGUAUGCGCCUCAUGGGGUCAAAAUGCUCUACAAUGGACAGCCUGUUGAUUUAACUCCGGAACAAGAAGAGGUUGCAACAAUGUUUGCUGUAAUGAAAGACACCGAUUACGCCACCAAGCCAAAAUUUAUAGAGAACUUUUGGAAUGACUGGAGACAAAUUCUGGGUAAAAAUCAUGUUAUUAAGAAAUUUGAGCUUUGUGAUUUCACCCCAAUCUAUGAAUGGCAUCUCCGGGAGAAGGAGAAGAAGAAACAGAUGAGUUCAGAGGAGAAGAAGGCCUUAAAGGAGGAGAAACUGAAGAAAGAGGAGAAGUACAUGUGGGCUAUUGUUGAUGGCGUCAAAGAGAAGGUUGGCAAUUUCCGAGUCGAACCGCCUGGGUUAUUCCGAGGCCGUGGAGAGCAUCCGAAGAUGGGAAAACUGAAGCGACGAAUUCGGCCAAGUGAUAUCACAAUAAAUAUUGGAAAAGAUGCUCCAAUUCCAGAGUGUCCCAUACUUGGUGAAAGGUGGAAAGAAAUAAAACACGACAAUACUGUCACAUGGCUAGCAUUCUGGCCUGAUCCAAUAAAUUCAAGGGAGUUCAAGUAUGUGUUUUUGGCUGCGAGCAGCUCAUUGAAAGGGCAAAGUGACAAAGAGAAAUAUGAGAAGGCUAGGCUAUUGAAGGACUACAUACAUACUAUUCGUGAAAAUUAUACAAGGGAUUUUACCAGCAGAGAUGCAACAAAGAGGCAGAUAGCGGUGGCGACUUACCUUAUUGAUAAGCUUGCCCUUAGGGCGGGGAACGAAAAGGAUGAUGAUGAGGCGGACACUGUUGGUUGCUGUACUCUGAAAGUGGAGAAUGUUGUUUGUGUUCCUCCAAAUAAGUUACAAUUUGACUUCCUUGGUAAAGAUUCAAUCAGAUAUUUUAAUACAGUGGAGGUCGAAUUACCUGUAUACAAAGCAAUCGAGGAGUUCCGCACUGCGAAGAAAAGCGAUGGAAAAAGAAAAAGCAUCGGGGAUGAUCUCUUUGAUUUGCUUGAUACAAGUAAACUUAAUGCUCAUCUGAAGGAACUUAUGCCUGGUCUAACUGCAAAAGUGUUUCGUACUUAUAAUGCUUCCAUUACUCUGGAUAACAUAUUGAACAAAGAAACCAAGGAAGGCACUCUCCCAGAAAAGAUCGCUGUUUAUCAGCAUGCAAACAAAGAGGUAGCUAUAAUAUGCAACCAUCAGCGCAGCGUCUCAAAGUCCCAUGAAUCCCAGAUGUCUAAGUUGAAUGAAAAAAUCAACGACCUAAAGGCCCUCAGAGAGGAACUGAAGGUUGAUUUGAGUAGGGCGAGGAAAGGGAAGCCUCCACUUAAAGACAAGGAAGGGACGCCAAAGAAGAACUUGUCACCUGACGCGAUAGAGAAGAAGCUUUCUCAGACUGAAGUGAAAAUAGAGAAGAUGGAGAUAGAUAAAAAGAUAAAAGAGGAUUUAAAGACGGUGGCGCUGGGGACGUCUAAGAUUAAUUACCUCGAUCCUAGAAUUUCUGUUGCGUGGUGCAAGCGCCAUGAAGUUCCCAUCGAGAAGAUAUUCAACAAAUCACUUCUUGCGAAAUUCGCAUGGGCGAUGGACGUCGAUCCUGGCUACAGAUUUUGAAGCAUUGUUUCUCAGCGAAAGCUGUGAUUUUACUAACUCCGGGCAGCGAAACAUGUCGGCCUUCCAGCUUUUCAUUCUAAGUCCAUUUCGAAAUAGGAAACUAUACCCCCACAGAAAGGAGAAAGGAAUCUCAAUUGUUGUAAGAUUUGAUAUGUCUCUGUACUGAUAAAUAAGCAAUGCUGCAUUUAUCCCUGCAGAGAGCUGCUCUCAUUGUGUACAAUUGAUUCAUAUAUAAGGAAAAGAAAAUCUUGUUGUGACUGGAUACAUUUUUUAUUUAUAGACAUUAAAUCCACUUCAAAAA